AUCUUUGCUUACCUAAAAUGCACAGCUCUUUUUAAAAGCGCACUUCAUAGCAGCAAGUGGUCUUUCUUGAGCAGAGUAAGCAAGCUGCGAUGCUUACAAGUUCUUUCAGAUUCGCAGAAAUACAACAUUUCAUUUACUGUCCUGCUCAAAUUUUUUUUAAAAAUCUUGAAUUAACAUUUUCGAUAAUUUGACAAAGAAUCGCUCUUAAAUGCGUAUAUGGAAUUUCGACGUCAUUGGUUGCAACGUGAUUUUCACGUCACAAGGUAUUAAAGACUUAAACUCCAAGAUAUAAUGAGGUGUUUGUUCGUUAAUUCUGAAUGUAAUGCUCAGGCGCAUCCCCUGGAGUAGUAUAACGUCAGACUCCUGAGAGCAAAAUAUCAAGGUUAAUGGAAAAAGUGAUGAUAAUAACCAAGUUUUUGUAAGUUUUAAUGCUAAGGCACUGCAGUUUCUAGACCAGUACCACUGCCCUCUGGCUGAGUAACCGUUUUCUUGCAUAACAUAACACCUAAUGUGAUAUUUUGAAUUACACAAUAGGGUCUAAAACUUUGAUGAUCGACACGUUUCGGUAUUCGCCUCGUCCCAGGGGGUCAUGCUUUCAAGGAUAAGCAGAACCCCAAGUGGCACAAAUCUCUUCAUCUUCUCAAGAACUGCGUUUCUCUUUUUGAACGAAACUGGGUUGCUUUCAAUUGUCUCUUAUUGAAUUCCAAACAAAACGCCUUUAUACGCAGUAUAUAAGAGGCCGGCCUGUUGAAUUCUAGCAGUACCCUUUGAUCGGGCGAGAACGAGGAGCAUUGAAGUUGUCGACUGAAGGAGUUUUCUUUUCGAAGAUUCUUGUCACCCUUCUUAUUCUGAAGUUAAGUUUCACUGAAGAUAGAGAAUAGCCGCCUGGUGGGUGAAGAUGCUGCUUUUAUUAUCAUAGAUACCGUUGCGGUAACUUGAAAGAAGAAACAUCUGCGGCACUACCCGCGGAAAAGAGGUCUCUCUUAUUAAUCUUAAAACGAUUUUGGUACAGCGUAUCAGAAAUUGACGACAAUGUUUUCUUUGGCACACGUGUCAAAAAAGCCAAAUGCACGGCCGCAGUUGUACCGUAGGUUCAGCUCGUUGAAAAUGACGCCGUCUUCAUCAAUGGUGUUUAUCAAUGAAGCCGUUAGUGAAUCUCAAACAAGCAAUAGUAGACGCAGUCAGCAGAAGGACGCUAAAGAGGCAAGCAGUGACGAUUCGAAAGACGACGUCGAGGAUAUUCAUGGUGAUCUGACACUGGAACGUGUAUUAACCGUUUCUGAUAUCAAAACCAUUGCAGAUGGAGAGCCCUCGACGAAGGGUAAACUUCCCAAGUCGAUGAGCCAAGAGUAUCUCAUCAGAAAGAACGCUGAAAAGAACGGCGGCACAAAUGACACCGAGGAAACACUAGCAAAGACAGCACCUGGGCAUAAGCCGAACAAGAAUGUGUCUCUGAAUCGAUGCCAUGCCUUGACACACAAACCUCAUUCGUACACAUUUGGCCAGCCCGUUAAUAAGACGCAACAAGUAAAGAGAAGAACAUCUUUCAACUUCCUGCGGAGAAAUUCAGAACAGCCACAGAUGAAAAAUAGCUUGAAGAAGAGCUUUUCGAGUGGUUCAAAUAGAGAUUGUUCCCAUUCCAAGAUGUUCUUUGCAAGCCAGAUUACAUCUGGUAUUGUAAACUUGCAUGGGACCAAACUGAUGAGGGCAGUAAGUUUCGGCCACGGCCAGAAGGUGGAUAAAAUGUUCUUCGAGAGCUACGACUUUCCAAUGGAGAACCUUAUCUUCGAGGGUGGAGGAAACAAAGGAAUGUCCUACGUUGGAGCGAUUGAAGUGUUGGAAGAAGCUGGUAUCAUGAAAAAAAUCAAGCGAGUUGCAGGGUCCAGUGUGGGAGCCAUUACUGCUAGCCUCGUUGCCGUUGGUUAUACGUCCCAGGAUUUAAAAGAGUUUAUGGAUCAAGAUUUACGAAAGGUUUUAGUAGAUCAUCGAUGUGGAUACUGCAGUCUUUUGCCGAAUCUUCUUCAAGGCUUUGGUUGGAAUCCUGGUAAAAGACUCUUCAAAUGGUUUGGUGAGCAACUUCGAGAACGUACCGGAAACGCAGAUAUUACAUUCAAGGAGCUUUUGCAAAGGUAUGGAAGAGAGCUCUGCAUUGUGGUGACGAACCUUAGCCAAAUGUCGACAGACUACUUCCAUCCAAAGACAACGCCAAACAUACCUAUCAGAACUGCAGUUCGGAUGUCAACUGCCAUGCCAGGGGUGUUCCAGAGUGUAAAAUACAAAGUCAAUGAAAAUACAGAUGUUUAUGUCGAUGGUGGCUUGCUUUGUAACUAUCCAAUCCACGCCUUUGACGGCUGGUGGUUGUCGAUGGACCCAGAGGAUAGCUUCUUCCAGAAGCUUCAGCCUUUAGAAGAUUUUCCACGCCUUUUUGCAAAGUCUGAGCGAUUUGGCAAAUGGAAUAACAAAACGCUUGGAAUAAUAUUGUAUUCACACACGGAAACAGAGCUGAUGAAGAUGAUGCUUAAAGCGAGGCAAGGCAAUAACCCACCAAAACAGCCCAAUACAAAGCUAUACAGGAAACGGCGAAAAAUGAGGAUGAAGCAGCAGGCAGCUCAGAUGGAACACCAAGCAGUGGUGACUGCUGUGGGAAAAUUAAUCAAGGAACUUCGUGCACUUCAUAUUGACGAUGAUGGUGUCAUAAGUGAGAAAGAGAUGAAAAAACUUUUUGAGACGGCCUCCGAUUUCACAGAAGAAGAUAAAUUUCUCUUAUUUGAAAGCAUUGACUAUUCGUCAGCAUUUGAACAAUUAGAUAAAGAUGGAGAUGGAGAGAUCACCUUCCAAGAGUUGCUAUCAUUCUUAGAGAGGAAAGGCGUUGGUAUCCAGACACGGUUUCUUGGUUACUGUAGAAAGGAAAUAACGCACUUAACCGAUUUCAUUUCAACCCUACAGGAUGCACUUUCAAUUAACGUGAAGAGAAAUUAUGUUGAUGAUCGAGAUAUAGAGAGAACCAUUGGCAUUGACACAGAUUACAUUGAAACACAGGAUUACGAGCUGGAAGCAGAAGAUAAAGAAUUCCUCAUCGAGACUGGGGCGAGAGCAACAAGAGCUUUUUUGAGAGAUUUUGCAAAGAAGCACCCCGAAUGCAGGCGCCGGAGGAGUGCCAUGCUGUCAAAACAGUUCUUUGAUUCUGCAUUUGAAGGUUCGACUGAAAAUGAGGUAAUCAACAACAACCUGACCAAUGAGAUUGACCGAAGAAAUGGUAUUGAAAGUACAAGUACUGCGAUAUCGUUUUUAUCAUCAGACUCAGAUAUUCCAAAAUAUGGUCACCAAGAGUCACCACAACUGCUCAGACGAAGACUUGACUUGGAAGAAGAGUUUGACUUUGGCAUACCAGGUGCUUAUAGGUGAUAAAGGAGGAAAUAAAUUCCUUUUGUAAAAGUACCUUGUUUUAGGGCUUUGGUCUGUUUUGGAAAAGCCUCCUUAUUAGUGACAGAUAUAUCCGACUGGUAAAAAAUGGCCUCAACGGGAUGGACGUAUAAUAAUUUCGUCAAACCAAGGGAUCGUACUCAUUGCGCCGAUGAAAAAACGAACCAGCAAAAGAGUUUUUUAAUAUAAACAUCACUUUUCUAAACAAUAAUUUUUAUGCUCAUGAAUUUUAUUUCAUAUCAAUCAAUGAAGAGUUCAAACAAUGUCGUUGCUGCCAUUUUUGUCGCAUAUUUGCAAUGAGAUUUCGUGACGGAAACUGUCGAUGAAUUUAGCAAAAGACAACUUAACUGCUACAGGUAAAGCAUUCUGUGGCUUCAUAACAGAGUCAAGACUCAGUUUUUAUAUUUGUACAGUCAAGUUUCAUAAACUUGCGUGUUGUAUAAAGAGUAAAAAUACAUUGAUAUGUGUUUGUAAUUAGAGAAAAUGUAAAAAAGUUUUCCGCUUAUAUGAUGCCGUUUGAACAUA